AUGAGCGAACUGCACCUGCCACAGGGCUACAAUCUACGCCCACUAGAAAAGGAAGAUUUUGACAGGGGAUACCUGCAAACAUUGGAGACUUUGACAUCGGUAGGUGAUGUAGAUCAAGAGCACUUCAAUGACAUAGUUGAUUACUGGAAGUCACAGCCCAAAACUUAUAAAAACUUGGUGAUCACCGACUACGAAUCGCAAGUGGUGGCGGUUGGGUCAUUGAUUGUGGAGACAAAAUUGAUUCACAGCUGUGCCAAAGUAGGCCAUAUUGAAGAUAUAGCUGUGAGACCCGAUCAGCAAGGAAAAAAGCUGGGUCUGUAUUUGAUUCGUCAGUUGAUUGAACUUGCUAAGGAAGAAGGCUGUUACAAAGCUAUAUUAGAUUGCGACCCAAAAAAUGAGGGAUUCUAUGUGAAAUGCGGAAUGUCCAGAGCUGGACUCGAGAUGGAGUACCGUUUUUAGUGCAAGAGGUUUUUGACAAGAUGACUAACAGCCCCAGCUAUGCCGUCUACCUUCACCAAGACAUUGAAUGUGUCGUCGAGGUCGACGCUAGUCUCGCCAUAGGUAUACAUGCACUCCAAUUUGGAUUGGAAUUCGCCAACAAAUUCGGCGUCGUCACUGUCAAACGAAAUCUUCCAAUUCAAUGUCAACCGCUUGCCAUCUUUGGUAAUACUUACAAUCUGGCAGUUUUUAAAUCGAGCAAACACAGCUAGUCUGUCGUUUUGUAAUUUUGCAGAAAUAUUGUUCACAUUGUAUUCCGCGCCAAGGCUAUCAAAUAGCUGUGUCCAGAGCGCUAAUCUGCGCUUUGCUAAAUUAAUAUAUGAAUUAGUUGCGUAGAUGAAAAGUGACAAGUUUCUCUUGGCACAUGCAAGCCUAAUUAGCUUGUUUAUUUCUGCCAUUUCGCUCACAAUUGAGUGUUUCGAUUUUGUAAUUUCGAGAUUUUCAACCUUCUCUUGUGAAAACUCAACAGCUACCUUGAACUCCAAAUAGUAUUUAAAAGUUAAAGUGAAUGUAAAUAUCCCUGCCCCUUGUUGAACAUCAGAGAUAACCAUAUGAGGAUAGAACAUUUUGACAAGAUGGAGCCGCUUUUCCAUAUCGAUUGAUGGGAGAUUGGAAUGUUCUUGGAGUAUUUGACAAGUUUGAAGGUAUUCUUGCAAAUUGAAUUGACUCUCACCACUUAAUUCGAUUUUGCGCUUUCUGAGCUCAUCAACCCUUUGGACCAAGUCAUCUCGUUCGAACUCAAGGUUCAAUAUUUGUUGCCUGAGGUUGAAAUAUUCCUCUGCAGACAUUGUUUUGGUGAAUUGCAAACAACUUGAUCCUCCUUGAAAUCCACACACGACCUCAAAACAACAAGUUGAAAAAAAUAGCUUUUUCAAACCAUUAAACGUGCAAAAUGGUAUCCACGCCAGAGCUUAAAAAAUUCGUGGAUAAAAAUCUCAAAGUUACACUCAACUCAUCGAGAGUAGUCAGAGGGAGACUCGCAGGAUAUGACCUUUUCCUCAACUUAAACUUAUCAGAUGCUGUGGAACUAAUUACAAAUAAACAAUUUACAGAGGAAGUGAAAGUGGGAAGUUGUAUCAUCAGAGGUAAUUCGGUCAUUAGCAUAGAACCAGUGGAAUGAUAAGCCUUCUGCCACCACGUUCGCUAUACAUCAGAAAAGGCCUUUUCCAGAAAUAAAUCGUGCUCUGAUUCCUCUCUGUCCGCCGAGUCGUCAACGAAACUCACUAUCCGUCUCAGAUCUUUAUAAUAGUUGAUCUGAAACUCAUCCAGUUUGUCUUUGUGCACGCUUGAGAAAUUCUCGUCGCUUUGUGUAAUCAAUAGAUAGUCCAAUUUGUGCAUGCAAUUUAAAUGCCCUAGUUUUAAUCUUUUGCGUUUGAGGUCAUCCGCACGUUUCAGUAUAAGAUCUCUCAGAAAUAAGGCCAUGUAGUGAUUUUUGUUUCGUUUAUUAAUCAUCAUUUUCGAUGUUGACCCAGAUCUAACAUCUGAACUUAAUAAAGCUUCGAUAUGGCUCAAGUUAAGCUUGAUCGGCCCAAUGCUGGUCUUCUUCUUUUUGCGUGCUUUAUCUCCUUGCAAAUAUUCACCUUGGGGGUUGGACUCAGCAUUCGCUGUCCCAUUUUCUUCCGUGUUAAGAGCUUGUUUCAACUUUUUUAUAUCUGAGUCUUCGAGUCCCAACGCCGUUAAGUCAGCAUCCGUAUCAUUAGCAUCCGUUGACUUCUUCGACUUUUUAGCACGUUUUGCUUUCUUUGACUCAUCAUCACUUGGAGCGUCAUCUAAGAAUUUGAGUCGUAGAUUUUUCAUAUAGAAGGCAAAUGCCUUUUCAUUUUCUGUAUCAACAUCGUUGAUCAAUUGAGAUGGGUCCUGGCUUUGCUCAGGUGAAUAUUUCUUCGUUGGGGGCACGAGCUGUCUGAGCUUUCCAAUGAGGUCCAAGUUAUCAUGAGCAAUUUCUUCUGCCACAUUCAGUCUAGAAUCAAUUGUGAUAGGAGCUAACGAGUUAUUAUUGAAAGGGUUAGUUAAAAUCUUCUCCGCUUUGAAGUCAGUCUCCAAGAAAAGGUAGAUCAACCAUAAAAACCUCUUCACCUCGUCGUUUGGAUCUGACUCUGAUUUCAGCCAGAUGUCAUUGAAUAGAGAUCCCGAAGAAGUGGCAAAGCCCGUACGGCCAGUGUCGUCGGUUUCACUUUGUGGCAACUGCUGAGCAGUCGGGAAAAAAAGCUUUCCAAUUUCAUAUUCAUGAACACAAAGCAGAAACAGUAAGCUGACAACGUUCAGAUGGAAUUUAUUGUCUUCGUUCAUCCCCAAAAUGAACUCCUUGAAAUUUUUUGGAACUUCUUGGUUCAAGUCAUUGAUUGAUUUGAGUAUUGACUUAAUGCGGGGCGUAUCUUGUAAUGGCUUCACCGCAGACAUAGGGAAGUAGUUUUUCGUGUCUUCCGUCUUGAGUCUGGCUUCAACAGGAUGAAGGACGUAGAAUUUUUCAAAGAUAGAAGUAUGGUCUCCGACAUGCAAAGAGGGGACAGAAUGAUAGGUUCUAAAUUGCGAUUUCAUCGCAUGGUCAAAAUUCACAGUCGUAUUCAGGCGGCCAAUAUUAACGAGAAUGCUGAUAACUGAGAAAUUUAAGGCAUAGCUUAGAUCAUGCGAAAGGCGAUCUUUCAAGACUUUCGAAACCUUGCUACUCUUCAUGAGAGUUACGAGGUAAAGCUCAAAGAACGUCAAAUGAGAUCCAUCAUUAUAAUGCUCCGUGCCAAAUUCAUCUCUGUAGUAUUUGAAAUGCUCGGGCCAAUCGAAAUUCUCCCCCGACUUUUUGAAAGGGUUAGAGAAUACUCUGUUGUUGUUGAAGAAUAAUUUCAUCAAAAAAACGAAGCGUAUAUCCUUUCGCCAGUAAGGCUCCCCAUCAGCCUUCUUCAAGUGUCUAGUCCGUGAAUUGGUCAGUACUGAUGAAUGUAGCUUCUCUUUAACUCCGUCAUCAGAUUGUCUUUUGCGUUUUUUCGUAUCAUCAGCUUCCGUGAUCUUAUCUUCAGAAUCGACUGGAAGUGGAUCUGAGAACUUAGAAUACUGAUCUGUCAGUGGAUCGGUGGGUUCCAUAUUCUGAUCUGCCUGCAAG